UCCGUUUACAUAUGAUCGUUCAAUCGUUUAGGAAGCUAAAUGAAAAUAUAGCUGAAGAAGUGCGACUCAGAUCAACAGAUAUUAUAUUAUAAAGCAUUGUUUAAAUAUAAAUAUUGAAAUCUUUCGACGAGCGACAAUUGACAAGGGCCUAGAGCAAAAUGGAGUGCGAUCAUUUAUCCCUGGUGCUGGGUCUACUACUAUGUUGCGUCUAUGCCAACGGUCUCGGGAUCUACAAACUUGGAAAGGAACUCAUUGUGAAUGGAAACAUGGAAUAUGAUAACUGGGAUUCACAAUACCAAUGGUACAGUCCUAAAGCCACAGUGACACAAGUACCAGGAGUGGUUGGGAAUGCUGCAGCCAUAUUGGAAAAGAAUCAAAAAUCAGUGCAGUUCGCUCAAAGGCUCUUCGAUGACAGAGCUCUGGAGUCCGGCGGUUAUUACUACAUGGAGGGUUAUGUAAAACUUCUGAACCAUCCUGGGGACGAGGAAUGGUACACGAUGAAUAUGAAGUUUCGCUACACUGGGGAAGAUUCAGUACAAACAUUUUUGGUAAUCGGGAGUUAUCCUCGACUGAGAGAUACUGAUGGCUGGGUAAAAAUUGCAGGAGAAUUUCGAGUUCCUGUAAAUAGUACGGGACAUAUUGUUAACGUGUACAGUGUGGAUGGUCCUAAUUUACAAUUCGCCGUAGAUGAAGUCAGUUUAAAGCAAAUAAUACCUGAUGACGAUUGGGAAGCUGCCGCCAAUGAAAUGAUUGAUGAAUACAGGAAGGGAGAAGUAAACGUCAAUGUGAAUAUCACCUAUAACUUAGAUCCAAGCUACGUCACAUUUAAGAUUAAGCAAUUGAGUCACGAUUUUCAACUUGGAGCAUAUGUUUGGUCUUCUACCAUCAAUGGAAGCACUGAUACAGCGUUGAUAAGAGAACGCUACCAGAAUUAUGUCUAUGACAACUUCAAUUCUGCCGCAACUAGUAGAGGCUUCAGGUGGAAAUUUGUAGAGAAAGACGAGGGUGUCCUUAAUUUUGAGACCGUCGACAAAGCUGUGUAUAGUCUUACGGAACGAGGAGUGAAUAUUGUUGGAGGAGAAGUGUUCUGGGACAGCACCUACUAUGGUUGGCCAGCAUGGGUCAAUGAUAAGACGCCAACAGAAACAGUACAAUUAAUGGAAAAGCGUGUGAACGACGUGGUGGGCUAUUUCAAUGAUAGGGUCAACACGUGGAUUGUAUCCAGAGACAAUCUCCAGAACGGAGUGUUUCUAAGUAAAACUGGAGACUAUAAGAUCGUUGAUAAAAUGUUCGAUUGGAUGGAAGCAGCGACUAACGGGGCAAACCUGAUUUUGACUAAUAUCAACGUGUUAAGACUAUCGACUUUUACCUCGGCUUUGGUCAAUCAAGCAAAGACCCUGAAGGAUUCCGGCCAUACUAUACAGAUUGGUGCUAUGGGAAUAUUUGACAGCAUCUAUACUAUAGAUCCCAUAGAGCUUAUGGCUCGUUUAGACAUCUUAGCGCAAGCAGAAGUUCCUAUAGUAAUAACUAAUUUGAUUGUGCAACGUACAGAUGUCAUGGAACGCGCCCAAGACCUUGAGAAGGUUCUGAGAGUUAUAUUUGCUCACCCAAAUGUAGAAAGAAUCAUUAUGGAUGGAUUUUGGGAUGGUAGACUUUUAAGAGAACAUAGUAGCCUCGUGGAUACAGAUAAGUUUGUGAUCAACAAAGCAGGAUGGACAUUAAGUCGAUUAUUUAAAAAGGAAUGGAGAUCCGACGGUAUAUUGACCCUUCCUGAGAAAUAUUUAGCGCAACAGACAGCCAGUUUUCGUGCAUUCUAUGGUGACUAUGAAAUGGACGUAAUGGUUGAUGAUGCAAUUGUGGAGACGCGGAAAUUCAGCGUUCAUAAGGGAAUCCCUACUAACAUUGAUGUUGAUAUCAAUAAAAGUGAAUGA